AUGAAGGUUGAAGGCAUUUGCGCAGCACCGUGCACUGAGGAGCUGCACCCGGGCCAACUGCAGCAGCAGCAGCAGCAGCAGCAGCAGCAGCAGCAGCAGCAGCAGCAGCAGAACGCGGCGCAUCGGUGUGUCUGCUUUGGUGUGGCUGGCUGGCAGGGAGGAAGAAGGAAAAGUAUUCUGCGCAGCAGCAGCAGCAGCAGCAGCAGCAGCAGCAGCAGCAGCAGCAGAACGCGGCGCAUCGGUGUGUCUGCUUUGGUGUGGCUGGCUGGCAGGGAGGAAGAAGGAAAAGUAUUCUGCAAAAAGUGA